AUGGAUUUUCAAAAUCGGCCCGGUGGUAAGACUGGCGGUGGAGGAGUAGCGUCGUGGUCGGAAAGUAAUCGAGACCGACGCGAAAGACUUCGGCAGCUUGCAUUGGAGACAAUUGAUCUUAAUAAAGAUCCCUAUUUUAUGAAAAAUCACUUGGGGUCUUAUGAGUGCAAGUUGUGCUUAACGCUGCAUAACAACGAGGGAAGUUAUUUAGCUCACACACAAGGCAAGAAACAUCAAGCUAAUUUAGCUCGAAGAGCUGCUAAGGAAGCAAAAGAAGCACCUCAACAGUUAGCUCCUGAGAAACCAAGGAUAGAACCUAAAAAAUUUGUUAAAAUUGGUCGACCUGGUUAUAGAGUGACCAAACAAAAAGAUCCUGAAAAUGGACAACAAAGUCUACUUUUCCAAGUAGAUUAUCCUGAAAUAGCUGAAGGGGUGCAGCCACGCCACCGUUUUAUGUCAGCCUAUGAACAGAAGAUUGAACCUCCAGACCGCAGAUGGCAAUACCUACUUUUUGCGGCUGAACCAUAUGAGACAAUUGCUUUCAAAGUGCCUAGCAGAGAAGUGGAGAAACAUGACUCUAAAUUUUGGACACAUUGGAAUAAGGACACAAAGCAGUUUUUCUUGCAAUUUGCUUUUAAAAUGGAAGCAAUGAGAAUGCCACCUCCUCCUAAAAUGUGGGAGAAUCAUGGCAUGCGUCUCCCACCACCACCUGGUGCUCCGCUAAUGGGUGUGCCACCACCUCCUCCCCUGUUACCUGUACCUCCACCACCACCUUCAAUGUAA